GGAAGUAACUUCAGAGGAGGAUCUGAUGGAUAUGGAAGUGGUCGUGGAUUUGGGGAUGGCUAUAAGGGGUAUGGAGGAGGACCUGGAGGUGGUUAAUUUUGGAGGUAGCCCUGGUCAUAGAGGAGGAAGAGAAGGAUAUGGUGGUGGAGGACCUGGAUAUGGCAACCAGGGUGGGGGCUACGGAGAUGGCUAUGACAACUAUGGAGGAGGAAAUUAUGGAAGUGGAAAUUUUAAUAAUUUUGGAAAUUAUAAUCAGCAACCUACUAACUAUGGCUCAAUGAAGAGUGGAAACUUUGGUGGUAGCAGAAACAUGGGAGGACCAUAUGGUGGAGGAAACUAUGGUCCAGGAGGUGGUGGAGGAAGUGGGGGGUAUAGAGGGAGAAGACGAUAUUGAUCUUCUUCCUAUUUACCAUGGGCUUCACUGUAUAAAUAGGAGAGGAUGAGAGCCCAGAGGUAACAGAACAGCUUCAGGUUAUCGAAAUAACAAUGUUAAGGAAACUCUCAUCUCAG